GCGGGCAGCUUCCGGGUUUGUGGACGUCCCGGCGAGGACGCCGUGGGCGGAAUGAGCGCACGUAACGGCGGGGGCCCGUGCCUGGUGAGUCGGGAGUUCGAGACCAGGCUCCGGCGCCCUGGACUGACACCGCGCCAGGCUGGUCCCGGCCCGUCAUGCCGGACCCUCAGUGACAGCCCCGGGACAGGGUUCGCUGGUGUACGCCCACAAGUGCUCGAGGGGAGGUGACAGUUUACGUGCAUCUGCUGGGACGCCGGAGGCCCGGGUGCCCUGGGUGGGGGGUCACUUCUCCGCGCGUCCUCCGUGCACCCUAGGGCGCCCGGUGCUUGACCCUGCCGCCGGGUCCUUCCCCGCGUUGUUAAGGUGUCUGUGUGGUCCGUGGGAAGGAACGCCGGUUGUAUCGAAGCUGGCUUUCUCUCCAGUGAAAAAGAAAGUGAGCAUCUUCCCACCUCCCAGUUAAAACCAGAGGAUUCACAGUUUCUUCAUGGCUGCCUCACAAGCAUCACAAACUGUUGCAUCUCAUGUUCCCUUUGCCGAUUUAUGUUCAACUUUAGAACGAAUACAGAAAAGCAGAGAGCGUGCAGAAAAAAUCAGGCACUUCAGAGAAUUUUUAGAUUCUUGGAGAAAAUUUCAUGAUACUCUUCAUAAGAACAAAAAAGACGUUACAGACUCUUUUUACCCAGCAAUGAGACUUAUCCUUCCUCAGCUAGAGAGAGAGAGAAUGGCUUAUGGCAUCAAGGAGACCAUGCUUGCUAAGCUUUAUAUUGAGUUGCUUAACUUGCCAAGGGAAGGGAAAGAUGCUCUGAAACUCCUGAAUUACAGAACACCUAGCGGGGCUCGUGCAGACGCCGGGGACUUUGCGGUCAUUGCGUACUUCGUGCUGAAACCAAGGUGCUUACAGAAAGGAAGCUUAACCAUCCAGCAAGUAAAUGAACUUCUAGACUCAGUCGCUAGCAAUAAUGCUGCCAAAAGAAAAGACCUCAUAAAGAAGAGCCUCCUUCAACUCAUCACUCAGAGCUCAGCCCUUGAGCAGAAGUGGCUGAUCCGCAUGAUUGUGAAGGACUUGAAGCUUGGGGUCAGUCAGCAAACUAUAUUUAAUGUCUUCCAUAAUGAUGCUAUGGAGUUGCACAAUGUUACCACAGACCUGGAAAAAGUCUGUAGGCAGUUGCAUGAUCCCUCCGUGGGGCUUAGUGAUAUCUCGAUCACUUUAUUUUCUGCCUUUAAACCAAUGCUGGCUGCCAUAGCCGAUGUCGAGCGCGUGGAGAAGGACAUGAAACACCAGAGUUUCUACAUCGAAACCAAGCUUGAUGGCGAGCGGAUGCAGAUGCACAAAGACGGGGAGGUCUAUCAGUACUUCUCCCGGAAUGGGUAUAACUACACUGAUCAGUUUGGCGCUUCUCCUCAGGAAGGCUCUCUGACCCCGUUCAUUCAUGAGGCCUUCCCAGCGGAUGUGCAGGUCUGCAUCCUAGAUGGUGAGAUGAUGGCCUACAACCCCAACACCCAGACUUUCAUGCAGAAGGGGAGUAAGUUUGACAUUAAGAGAAUGGUCGAAGAUUCCGAUCUACAGACUUGCUACUGUGUUUUUGAUGUGUUGAUGGUCAAUAACAAAAAGCUCGGGCGUGAGACCCUGAGAAAAAGGUAUGAGAUCCUCAGUAGCACGUUCACACCCAUACAAGGUAGACUAGAAAGGGUGCAGAAAACGCAAGCUCAUACGAAGAAGGAAGUGGUCGAUGCAUUGAAUGAAGCCAUAGAUAAGAGAGAAGAGGGAAUCAUGAUUAAACAUCCUCUGUCCAUUUAUAAGCCAGACAAAAGAGGGGAAGGGUGGUUAAAAAUUAAGCCAGAGUAUGUUAAUGGACUAAUGGAUGAAUUGGACAUCUUAAUUGUGGGAGGUUAUUGGGGCAAAGGUGCACGAGGUGGCAUGAUGUCCCACUUUUUGUGUGCAGUGGCGGAGAAGCCCCCUCCUGGUGAGAAGCCAUCAGUCUUUCAUUCUCUGUGUCGCGUUGGGUCAGGGUACACCAUGAAAGAACUGUAUGACCUGGGUUUGAAACUGGCAAAACACUGGAAGCCUUUUCAUAAAAAAGCGCCACCAAGUAGCAUUUUAUGUGGGACAGAAAAGCCGGAAGUGUACAUUGAGCCCUGUAAUUCUGUCAUCGUUCAGAUCAAGGCAGCAGAGAUUGUCCCCAGUGAAAUGUACAGGGCUGGCUGCACGUUACGCUUCCCACGCAUCGAGAGGAUACGAGACGACAAAGAGUGGCAUGAGUGCAUGACUCUGGGUGACAUAGAACAGCUCCGCGGGAAAGCGGCUGGGAAGCUUGCAUCCAAACACCUUUAUGUAGGUGCAGAUGAGCAGCCUCAGGAGAAAAAGCGGAAAGCUGUCCCGAAGAAGAAGAAAGUCAUUGGGAUUAUUGACCACUCCAAAGCGCCAGACCUUUCCAACAUCAGCAAGGUUUCUAGUAUCUUUGAAGAUGUAGAGUUUUGUGUGAUGAAUGGAACGGACGGCCAUCCAAAGCUCGACCUAGAGAACAGAAUUGCAGAGCUGGGUGGGUAUAUAGUACAAAAUCCAGGCCCAGACACGUACUGUGUCAUCGCAGGCUCGGAGAACAUCAGGGUGAGAAAUAUCAUUUCUUCAGAUAAAUAUGACAUUGUCAAGCCCGCAUGGCUUUUAGAGUGUUUUGAAACUAAAAGUCAUGUGCCUUGGCAACCCCGCUUUAUGAUCCACAUGUGCCCAUCAACAAAGCAGCAUUUUGCCCUUGAAUACGAUCGCUAUGGUGACAGCUACUUUGUCGAUACAGAUUUGGACCAACUGAAAGAGGUAUUUGCAGGAAUUAAGAAACUCAGUGAACGGACUCCUGGAGACAUGGCCCUGGUGAUAGCUGACUUAGAAUACCGGUAUUCCUGGGACCAUUCUCCCCUCAGUAUGUUUCGACACCUCACUGUGUACCUGGACCUGUAUGCUACCAUUAAUGACUUGAGUUCCAGGGUCGAGGCAACAAGGCUGGCCGUGACAGCCCUCGAGCUGCGUUUUCGCGGAGCUAAAGUAGUUUCCUGCUUGGCUGAGGGGGUGUCGCACGUAAUCGUCGGGGAGGAUCAUACUCGCAUUGAGGAUUUCAAAGCUUUUAGAAGAACACUUAAGAAAAAGUUUAAAAUUCUACAAGAACGUUGGGUAACUGCAUCAAUAGACAAGUGUGAAUUGCAGGAGGAAAAUCCCUAUUUACUUUAAGCAUUAGCUUUGGCAGACUCAUUGCAGCAGGCAGUAGUGACAAAGCAGUGUGCCGCAUUGCAUGUAGGUAUCUUUAAAUCCAUGUGUCAAAAGUAGUAUAGGACAAUAGUAAUUUUAAAUUUUAAGGUUAAAAAAAAUCCAAAGGGCCCAAAGGUAAAGAAAUUUUAUUUUAUUUCUUAUUACUUUUAUAUCUUUGAUGCAAUCACAAUUUAAAGACAUAUUCGUAUAGUAGAAAUCUAGAAUUUUAACUUCAUAAAAUGCAUUCAACAUUAUUCUUACUGACCUGACCAAGAUCUUCCAUAGCCAGUUAAAGUUUUAAUGUAAAGAUUGCCUAUAAAAGAAGCAGGGUUGUUACAACUAGACCUAUAAAAUAUGUUUUUUUACUUAAAGGCAGAAAUUCCUCCUUUAAAUGUGGAAUAUGUUAAAACAGUUUUUUAAAGGUUAGGAUCAAGCACAUUGAUAAAUUGCCAAAGGUAAUUUUUAGCUGAGUAGGGAAAGUUGAGUAAGAACAGUAUACACUUGAGAUUGGAUUGUUUUGAUUUUAAAACUAUAGUUUUUAGUUAGCUAGUGUUUUAAUUUUUUUUUCAUAAACACAACAGUUAAAAAAUGUUUCAUACCAUGGGAUUUUUUUUAUAAUCAUGGAAAAUGCUAAUAAAAAUAAAAAAAAGUUUCAUGUUAAUUUGAACUCCAGAAUAAAUAGCAUUCAUAAAUUCUUUUUCUAAUGAUUCAUUGAGUCAGUGGCAAGAUAGCAUGCAUGUUGUAACUUUCAUUGGAGAAAAGAAAUUGCUUUGACUCUGUAAAACGCUUUCAUUUUUUAAAGUUGAGGUCAGUGUGUAUAGGAUGUGUUAUAUCUGGAGUUUGAAAUACAGUUAUUCAAAGUUGUGCUUUUAUGAAGACAGUGGGGUGAAGGAAUUUGGUACCUAGAUACCAUGUAUAGCUAUUUAAAAAUAAUUACACUGGUUUUGAAGUAAUAGAUGUCUAUGAUUGUUAAAUUAAUUUAAAUAAACUGUUUAAUGUAAUAUUAAA